GAAGAAUUAUAGAGGGAAUGGAUUGUAGAUACUGACACUGUUAGAAAUUGUAAAACUAGUGGGAUUUCACUAUAGCAACUCUAUAUAUAGGGACGUUGGGUUGGAGAUGCCCUUAUAUCAUAAACCCAGAGAAGAAACCCUAUACGGCUAUACCAAUUUUACCGUCAUUGAGCUUCUGCUGCCUGCCUCCCUAUCUUCCCAAGCAUAUUCUCUGCUUCUCCAGGUUCUUUAGGAGGAUGGGUAAAGAAAAGGUUCACAUCAACAUUGUUGUCAUUGGACAUGUCGACUCUGGCAAGUCCACCACCACCGGUCACUUGAUCUACAAGCUUGGUGGCAUUGACAAGCGUGUGAUUGAGAGAUUCGAGAAGGAGGCCGCUGAGAUGAACAAGAGGUCAUUCAAGUAUGCAUGGGUUCUUGACAAGCUCAAGGCUGAGCGUGAGCGUGGUAUUACCAUUGAUAUUGCCUUGUGGAAGUUUGAGACCACCAAGUACUACUGUACUGUCAUUGAUGCCCCUGGACAUCGUGACUUCAUAAAAAACAUGAUUACUGGAACCUCUCAGGCUGACUGUGCUGUACUGAUCAUUGACUCCACCACUGGUGGUUUUGAGGCUGGUAUCUCUAAGGAUGGUCAGACCCGUGAGCAUGCGUUGCUUGCUUUCACCCUUGGUGUGAAGCAAAUGAUCUGCUGCUGUAACAAGAUGGAUGCCACCACCCCCAAGUACUCCAAGGCUCGUUACGAUGAAAUUGUUAAGGAAGUUUCAUCCUACCUGAAAAAGGUUGGAUACAAUCCUGACAAGAUUAACUUUGUCCCAAUCUCUGGUUUUGAGGGUGACAACAUGAUUGAGAGAUCUACCAACCUUGAUUGGUACAAGGGUCCAACUCUCCUUGAGGCUCUUGACCAGAUUCAGGAGCCCAAGAGGCCUUCUGACAAGCCACUCCGACUUCCACUUCAGGAUGUUUACAAGAUUGGUGGUAUUGGAACUGUCCCUGUUGGUCGUGUUGAGACUGGUAUUCUUAAGCCCGGUAUGGUUGUUACUUUUGGUCCGACUGGUCUGACAACUGAGGUAAAGUCUGUUGAGAUGCACCACGAAGCUCUUCAGGAGGCUCUUCCCGGUGACAAUGUUGGGUUCAAUGUUAAGAACGUUGCUGUGAAGGAUCUUAAGCGUGGUUUUGUUGCAUCCAACUCCAAGGAUGACCCAGCCAAGGAAGCUUCCAGCUUCACUUCCCAGGUCAUCAUCAUGAACCACCCUGGUCAGAUUGGCAAUGGUUAUGCCCCUGUUCUUGACUGCCACACCUCUCACAUUGCUGUUAAGUUCUCUGAGAUCUUGACUAAGAUUGACAGGCGUUCUGGGAAGGAGCUUGAGAAAGAACCCAAGUUCUUGAAGAAUGGUGAUGCUGGUUUUGUUAAGAUGAUUCCCACCAAGCCCAUGGUGGUGGAGACUUUCUCUGAGUACCCACCACUGGGUCGUUUUGCUGUGAGAGACAUGAGGCAGACUGUUGCUGUUGGUGUGAUCAAGGCUGUUGACAAGAAGGACCCUACUGGAGCCAAGGUCACCAAGGCUGCUGUCAAGAAGGGAGCCAAAUGA